CGGUACGCGAUUCGCAACGCUCGUCGUCUUUCGAUCGCCGCUGGGAUUUCAAAUCAAAACUGCUAAACACGAGACAAACAAACACAACACUCAGCUGAAAAUACUUCAAGUGUUAGAAACUUUUCGGAAUAGUGUCGCGUGGGAAUAAAUUGCAAGUUCUAAAUUCGAAGCAAGCCAAAUCCGCGGAGUAGAUCCGAGUACAUUCCAAGUGGGCAGCGCCUUCAUCAAUGUGUGUGUGUGCGUCCCCGGAAACAUAAUCCCCAUUUACCAGUUACUCACGCACGACGAGAUCGGCCGCCGUCUUCAGUGCGAAAAAUGUUGGAGGACACCCAACUGGUGUGGGUGCGAGACGCCGCCGAGGGCUAUAUACAGGGCCGGAUCACCGAGAUCGGCGCCAAGGAGUUCGAGGUUACGCCCACCGAUCGCAAGUAUCCGAAGCGCACGUGCCACUUCGAUGAUAUCCACUCCUCGUGCGAUGGAGCCCAGGAUCACGAUGACAACUGCGAACUCAUGCUGCUCAACGAGGCCACAUUUCUGGACAAUUUGAAAACACGUUACUACAAAGACAAGAUCUACACAUAUGUGGCCAACAUUCUGAUCGCCGUGAAUCCGUAUCGUGAGAUCAAGGAGCUCUACGCACCCGAUACCAUCAAGAAGUACAAUGGUCGUUCCCUGGGCGAACUGCCACCUCAUGUCUUUGCUAUUGCGGAUAAAGCCAUACGGGAUAUGCGAGUGUACAAGUUGUCCCAGUCCAUCAUUGUGUCCGGAGAGUCGGGCGCCGGCAAGACGGAGUCCACCAAAUACCUGCUGAAAUACCUGUGCUAUUCGCACGACAGUGCCGGUCCCAUAGAGACCAAGAUAUUGGAUGCCAAUCCCGUGCUGGAGGCCUUUGGUAAUGCCAAGACAACCAGAAACAACAACUCCUCGCGAUUUGGAAAGUUCAUUGAGGUGCACUACGAUGCCAAGUGCCAGGUGGUCGGUGGUUACAUAUCGCACUACUUGCUGGAGAAGAGUCGCAUCUGCACGCAGAGCGCCGAGGAGCGGAACUAUCAUGUUUUCUACAUGCUCCUCGCCGGAGCUCCACAGCAGCUGCGGGAUAAACUGAGCUUGGGCAAGCCAGAUGAUUACAGGUAUCUCUCGGGCUGCACACAGUACUUUGCCAACGCCAAGACGGAGCAGCUAAUACCGGGCUCACAGAAGUCGAAGAAUCACCAGCAAAAGGGUCCGCUUAAGGAUCCGAUCAUCGAUGAUUACCAGCACUUCCACAACCUGGACAAGGCGUUGGGCCGUCUGGGCCUCUCGGAUACGGAGAAGCUUGGCAUCUAUUCGCUGGUGGCAGCUGUGCUCCACCUGGGCAACAUUGCGUUCGAGGAGAUACCCGAUGAUGUGCGCGGUGGCUGCCAGGUGUCGGAGGCCUCGGAGCAGUCGCUGACCAUCACCAGUGGGCUGCUGGGUGUGGAUCAAACGGAGCUGCGCACUGCCUUGGUGUCCCGAGUGAUGCAGAGCAAGGGCGGCGGCUUCAAGGGCACGGUUAUCAUGGUUCCUCUAAAGAUCUACGAGGCAAGCAAUGCUCGGGAUGCCUUGGCCAAGGCCAUCUACAGUCGACUCUUCGAUCGCAUCGUGGGCCUGAUCAACCAGAGCAUUCCCUUCCAGGCUUCGAACUUCUACAUCGGCGUGCUCGAUAUCGCCGGCUUCGAGUACUUUACGGUGAACUCGUUCGAGCAGUUCUGCAUUAACUACUGCAAUGAGAAGCUGCAGAAGUUCUUCAACGAUAAUAUACUGAAAAACGAGCAGGAGCUGUACAAACGCGAAGGCCUCAAUGUGCCGGAGAUCACUUUCACGGAUAACCAGGACAUCAUUGAGCUGAUCGAGGCCAAGUCGAAUGGCAUCUUCACGCUGCUCGACGAGGAGUCCAAGCUGCCGAAGCCCUCGUACUCGCACUUCACCGCCGAGGUGCACAAGUCCUGGGCGAAUCACUACCGCCUGGGUCUGCCGAGAUCCUCGCGUCUGAAGGCCCACCGCACUCUGCGGGAUGAGGAGGGCUUCCUGGUGCGUCACUUCGCCGGAGCUGUGUGCUACAACACGGAGCAGUUCAUUGAGAAGAACAACGAUGCCCUGCACGCCUCGCUGGAGGGAUUGGUUCAGGAGUGCGAUAAUCCCCUGCUGCAGACCCUCUUCCCCUCGGGCAGUAGCACUUCGGUGCGUGGCAAGCUCAACUUCAUAUCCGUGGGAUCCAAGUUCAAGACUCAGCUGGGCGAGCUAAUGGAGAAACUGGAGCAGAACGGCACCAACUUCAUACGCUGCAUCAAGCCCAACAGCAAGAUGAUCGACCGACAGUUUGAGGGCAGCCUGGCGCUGGCCCAACUCAAGUGCUCGGGCACCAUUUCGGUGCUGGAACUCAUGGAGCACGGUUAUCCAUCGCGUGUUCUCUUUGCCGAUCUCUACAGCAUGUACAAAUCGGUGCUGCCGCCGGAACUCGUUUCACUGCCGGCUCGCACCUUCUGCGAAGCCAUGUUCCAGUCCCUCAAUCUGAGCGCCAAGGACUUUAAGUUCGGCAUCACCAAGGUCUUCUUCCGACCGGGUAAAUUUGUGGAGUUCGACCGCAUCAUGCGCUCUGAUCCGGAGAACAUGCUGGCCAUAGUGGCCAAGGUCAAGAAGUGGCUGAUUCGAUCGCGUUGGGUCAAGUCCGCUCUGGGAGCCCUCUGCGUGAUUAAGCUGCGCAACCGAAUCAUCUACCGCAACAAGUGUGUUCUUAUAGCCCAGCGCAUUGCCCGUGGUUUCCUGGCUCGCAAGCAGCAUCGGCCACGCUACCAGGGAAUUGGCAAGAUCAACAAGAUCCGGACCAAUACGCUCAAGACAAUCGAAAUAGCCAGUGGCCUGAAAAUGGGUCGCGAAGAGAUUAUCAGCGGGGUGAACGAUAUCUACAGGCAGAUCGAUGAUGCCAUCAUGAAAAUCAAGAUGAAUCCACGCAUUACCCAACGGGAAAUGGACUCGAUGUACACCGUGGUCAUGGCCAACAUGAACAAGCUAACAGUUGAUCUGAACACCAAGCUUAAGGAGCAGCAGCAGGCGGAGGAGCAGGAGCGUCUGCGCAAGAUCCAAGAGGCCCUGGAGGCCGAGCGUGCCGCCAAGGAGGCGGAGGAGCAGCGCCAGCGCGAGGAAAUCGAAAACAAGCGACUCAAAGCGGAGAUGGAAACUCGACGAAAGGCCGCGGAAGCUCAGCGCCUGCGCCAAGAGGAGGAGGAUAGGCGUGCGGCCUUGGCGCUGCAGGAGCAGCUGGAGAAGGAGGCCAAGGACGAUGCCAAGUACCGACAGCAGCUGGAACAGGAGCGACGCGAUCACGAGUUGGCCCUGCGUUUGGCCAACGAGUCCAACGGCCAGGUGGAGGAUAGUCCACCAGUUAUUCGCAAUGGUGUCAAUGACGCGUCUCCCAUGGGUUCCAACAAAUUGAUCAGUUUUUCACAAGUUGUGUCAAACAUUGCUUCGCGGUACUUGAAUAAAUCGGAAAAUGUUCGGGCCCAACAACAGGCGCUGGGCAAGCAGAAGUACGACUUGUCCAAGUGGAAGUACUCGGAGCUGCGUGAUGCUAUCAACACGUCCUGUGAUAUUGAGCUGCUUGAGGCCUGCCGUCAGGAGUUCCAUCGCCGCUUGAAGGUGUACCACGCCUGGAAGGCAAAGAACCGCAAGCGCACCACCAUGGAUGAAAACGAGCGUGCCCCACGCAGCGUCAUGGAAGCCGCCUUCAAGCAGCCGCCUUUGGUGCAGCCAAUCCAGGAGAUUGUGACCGCCCAGCAUCGCUACUUCCGGAUUCCCUUCAUGCGCGCCAAUGCGCCGGACAACACCAAGCGCGGCCUGUGGUAUGCCCACUUUGAUGGCCAGUGGAUCGCUCGCCAGAUGGAACUGCACGCGGACAAGCCGCCAAUUCUGCUGGUGGCCGGAACGGACGACAUGCAGAUGUGCGAACUCAGUCUGGAGGAGACGGGUCUGACGCGCAAGCGCGGCGCCGAGAUCCUGGAGCACGAGUUCAACCGCGAGUGGGAGCGUAAUGGGGGCAAGGCCUAUAAGAAUUUGGGUGCCAAGCCGAAUGGGCCAGCUGCCGCAAUGCAGAAACAACAGUAGACCCCCAAUACAGCAAACAGGCACUGCAUUAAUCAAAUACGUUGCCGUUUCGAUGGUCAAUAGGUCAAAAUUGGGAACUAACGAAACUCGAAAAUAAGUUUUUUGUCAGUCAAAUUUUACUGAAAAGCGACCACGUCCAUGAAACAUUUUUUUAGUAAAUAUAACUCUAUUCGAUUAGAAA